UAUUUUCUUGGUAAUAUUUGAACAGAAUAAAAAUAUGAUACAAAAUCCUCAAAAGACACAAGAGUGAAAAGGCAGAGCCCAUCUUGCAACAAGGGUCUUAUGACGAGGAUUGCUACAUGCGUCACAUUGCCUACCCUCAUUCCUGACGAUGUUUUGAGCGCCUGUAAGGCCAAUGCAAGCCAGCAAGCAAAUCCAAUCCAGAACAUCACAGGAAGGUUUAAUUUCAAACCUCCCAAGAAUUUACCCUUUGGUGGCAUGGCUGGAAGUCUCAUGAAAUCUUUGGCAAGCGUGAAAACAUCUUUUUGCCAAUAUGAGUGCGCCUUCAAGAAUUUGGGACUGCUGGAUGACAGCGGUAAAGUGAAUGUUGAUGCUGCAAGCAAGGGGCUGGCAAGUGCUGUGCCCAGCGAAUGGCAAGCAGCAGCGCAGGUUGCAGCGACAAAUUGCUCGGCUACGCUGACUUCAAUGUAUGCUAUGAUGAACUCGAGCAAAAUGCCCACACCACCACCAAUGCUGCAGGGCGGGUGCAAGCCAUGCUCUUUCUUCUUCAGGUCGUGUGUUGUGGCACAGCUUUAUCUGAACGCGCCUGAUUUCUCUACUGAUGCAAAAUGCACUUCAGACCGCAAGGCGUUGAGCCAAUGCAUCACAAAUGUUCCUGCCCUCUUGGGACUUCCACCUAUGCCAAAAAUGCCGCUGCCACCAAACACAGCAUAAUGUGAAUGAAAAUUUUAAUUGCAGAAAUAAAAAUUGUGAAUCAGCAAGUUGA